AUGGUGAUUUCCACUAAUGAGCGAGUUGCCAACAUGGACUGCUUUCAGCCACACGCUGGACACGGCCGAGCGCUACACCUGCCUGUGGCAGCCCUCGCUCGACGUGGCCUUCGAGCCGAGCCCGGGCACCGACACCAGCCGCGCCGCGCCCACCCUCAGCUGGUUCAUCGGCCAGCGGCCGGCCGCCUCCUCCCAGCGCUGGUCGGGCCGCCAGCGCCUGGUCCGGGUGCCGCUGGACACGCCCGUCCUGCUGCGCUACGCCUCGGCCUCCUGCCCCGGCUGCAGCUACCGGGCGGUGCGGCUCCACGCCGCCGAGCUGCGGGUGCUGCUGUUCGGCCCGCCGCCCGCCGCCGCCCCGCUCCCCCGGCAGGCCGUGCUGCUGGGCUGGUGCGCCAACCUGCGCAGCUCGGCCUGGAGCUACCGCCUGAGCUGCCCCGGCGCGGCGCCCAGCUCCGCCAGCCUGCCCAGCGACAGCCCGGCCGCCGGGCCCAGCGGCCGCACCGUGCCCGCCGAGUGCGGCCGGCGCUGACACACCUGCUGAGCGCCCGCACCGCCGCCCUGCCCCGAGGGCGCACCCUGAUCAUGUCCUGGCGCCUGGCGCCCGAGGCCGGCGUGCUCUCCUACCAGCUGGCCGCCCGGCCGCCCAUCCCCGCCCCCUGGACCCUGACCUACCACCCGAAGGGCGUAGCCGCCCGCCUCUGCCCCUGCGCCUGGCCCCGCCGCAGCUCCUGCCUGGCGCGGCUCCUCUUGCUGGCGGGCGGCGCCGCUGACCUCAGGACCGCCACUGUCACCCUGCGGAACGGGGUCCUGCGCUUCGUGCGGGGCGGCGCUCUCAUCUGGCUAGCGCCCGACCCCAGCACCCCCGGCACCGUCUUCUACUACAUCAACCCCAGCAAUCAGCUGUACUACUCCAGAGCGGAUGGGCCGCCCGGCAGUCGCAGGCACUUCGUCUUCAUCACAGGUGCCGAAGUCAGCCACCUCUUCCUGAUAGACUACAGUAGCCCCGGGCAGUACACGCUCACCGUACAGCUCUACCUGAACCUAAAAGGGGCCAUCUACAAUUCCCUGAAGGAUCUGAAUGUCAGCCUCUCCCUGUUUAACAGUGGUUCCACAAUUGUGGGUGGCUUGGCUAACGUGGUCUGGUUCAUUCCCCUCCAGCAUCCCGCCCUGCAGUGUGCCUGGAACUUUAGCCUGACCGUUGGUGCCGAGGUCAGCUUACACGGUCAUGAUCGGAUGGUUACAGAUGCACAGCGCUAUAUCCCGGGCACCAAGCUGCCCUUUGACCCGAAGCAAUACUGGGGCUUCUUGGCCAAGGUGAAUUGCUCAGCCCCUGGGAAUAAGCUGAUCAGUAUCCAGGCAAGUGUUGGUAGUUACAGCACCGCCCCCACGGACUCGGUUCUGUUCUGCUCCCUGGCACGCUGCCAGGUGCCCUCGCCCACCAUACAGUCUCCACAUCCUCCUGGCACCAUUAUCCAGACCAUAAAGGGCGCUGCCCUAAAUGUUUACGGAAAUGUUGGCUUACGCUGUGAUAAAAUUCAAUCAGUGACCAUCUCCUGGAAGGUCUAUGCUGUGGCGGGCAAGGAUUCAGAGCCAGACUGGGCUCAUAGUGUGCCACUCCCACCCAGCGUACACACUAGCACUGCCACCCUGCACAUCCCCAGAUUCACAUUAGAUUAUGGAUUCUAUCGCUUCAUCCUCAACGUGACUGUUUCCACUACAGAUCCUGACCUGCCACACAUUAACAAGGCAGCCCAGGCCACUGUCGAGGUAACUAAAAGCGCGCUGGUUGCACUGAUCGCUGGGGGUUCUUAUAGGACGGUGGGUUUGGAGAACACCAUCACACUGAAUGCCUCCCUGAGUAAUGACCCUGACUCACCCCAUCCGCACCUUGGACUGAACUUUUCUUGGUACUGUACAACGAAACUCUCAGACUACACCACCAUGACUGUCUCCGUCAACCAAUACUGUCAUGCUGGAAACCGUGAACUUAAGUGGAGCUCCUCUGUACCCCAGGCCUUGGUCAUCCUUCCCCACAUGCUGGCUCUAAAUAAGAACUUCUACUUCCGAGUGGUAGUUCAGAAAGACACAAGGACCAGUUACUUUGACCAAACCAUCACAGUUCUCCCCAGCUUUGUGCCAAAGAUGUUGAUAACUUGCAUUGAGAAUUGCCAGAGGUCCCUAUUACCAACAGAUCGUUUCAUCUUGGCUGGAGUUUGCUCCAAUUGCCCAGAUUCCACUCAGAUGAAGUACCAAUGGAAACUGCUUUCGAGGGACUCAGGUGCUGAAGUGAAGUUCGACUGGUCAUCAGAAAGUCUCACAGGAAACUCCAUGUCUUACGUGUCAUUGAAUCCCCUAUCAUUUGUACACUUGAUUGAUGAGUGGUAUACUUUUGAACUGAAUGCCACCACAUCCAUGGGUUCCCAAAGUCUCAACAGGUACGAUUUUUACAUCAACUCUCCCCCAAUGGAUGGACGCUGUGUCAUCACCCCAAAGUACGGAUGGGCCCUUCAUACUAAAUUUACCUUGACGUGCCUGAAAUUCCAGGACAGAGAUCGACCCUUCCGUUACAAGGUGAUUGCAAAAACAUACUACCCAACUGGCCAUAUAGAUAGUCUAAAGAACAACCUUCUUGGUACAAUUGUAUAUUUUGGAUACAGGCCGAAGUCUACACCCUUUUUCCUUCCAGUGGGGAGCAUCUUAGGCCAUCACAUCUUGAUUAUUGCUGUCCAAAUAUUUGAUAGCCAGGGUGUCUAUGCGAGACUUUACCUUAAGGUCAGAGUGUAUGAUCUCCCAUUUGAUCCAGCUAAGGGUUCCAAGGUGGAUCAGCUGUUUGGCUUUGUGGAAGGAAAGAAGGCAGCUUUGACAACUUUACUUCAUGAAACAGAUUACCUGAAAGCAAACCAACUGCUCUACGGGAUUGCUUCCAUGCUGAAUUAUAACACCUUCAAGGAUAAGGCCAAGGUCAUUAAGCUCCGCGAAACUCUUGUCAACGCCUCUGCCAGUAUUCCAGUCACAUCUCCCAACCUUAUCUAUCAAAUAUCUGCUUCAAUCUAUGCAGCAGCUCAAAAGGAGGAUGAGUUCAGUCAACACGCCCAGCGCCUUGCUGCCACAACUCUGUUAGAACUUUCUUUGAUUCUUCUGAACUAUACAAAUGAAGCAGUGAUUCUCUCUGAAAGUGCUGAGCAGUUGUCCUGCAGUGUCCUGACUGCGGUCUCCAACGUGAUGGCUGCCUUUUCCCUCCAGUUUCCAGCUCAAGGUUCUGUGGCAGGCAUCCCUCUAACCAAAAACCAGCAGCAAGUCGUAGCUGAUAUAUUCCCUACUCUAAGGACUUUGACAGAAGCAGUGUCUCACAGCAAAGUCCCGGGUCAAAAAGAUACAAUUAUGACAACUAGGCAAUGGGAAAUAACUGUGAAGAAAGUUGAGAAACGCAACGUUGAGGAUUCAUAUCUUUCUGACCUGGAUUGUACCAACUGCAUUUACCCAGUGAUGACAGGAACUGCCAUGAGUGCUACACAGCCAGUGUCCUCUGUAGUUUAUAGGUUUGAAAAGAAUCCUUUGCCGUGGCUUGGGAAUGCAGCUGACAUUGCUACAGACGUGACUGCCUUCCACAUGUCCACUCUGGAUAGCAAUGGAAGUGUGUACAACGUGGAUGCCAAACAGAUAGAGAUAUUUAUGGUCAGAAAGGACGUUGUGUCUGCCCAAAGAAUUAAAUUGACCAAAGAUCCCAAGCGAAUCGGUGUGAUCAGAGGGCAGUUCAGGAUUGAAUUGAACUCCACCUCAACUCAAGAAGUCUUCCUCCAGUUAACUGUGGAUUUGAAUCCUGUCCUCACAGUCAGCAUUUACUCAGGGAAGGCAUCUGCUGACCAGCUUCCAGCUCAGAAACAUACUAUUCCGCAGUGUGACUCAGGCCCACCUCUACACAAAGGUAUCCAUAUACCAGAUCCUUACGUCAUCAGCAUCCCGACAGGCUUGUUCCAGAAAAAUGUAACUGAUCCAAAACGUAGCAGAUACAUCACCAUUGCUGUUGAGGCAAAGUCCCCAAAGCCUCGAGAAGUCAUUAAGGUGGGGCUUGUGAUCUCAGUUUUCACUGUGAGCUGUCUGUCUUUCCAAGGAAAGGCUGAUAGUUGGGAUUCCUUCUCAUGCACAGCAGGUCCUCUCACAAACAGCAGGAAAGUGCACUGUAUCUGCACAGGUGUCUACAGUAACAAAACCAAGAGGGACCUGAGCCUGAAGUUUCCCUGGUUCCUGGCUGCCAGUAUCUUGGUCUUGCCCAAUAUCAUUGAUCUGUAUGCAAUUGGAGAAUUAAUUGUCACCUUGCCAAAGAAUCUAGUGGCACUAAUUACAGUCUUAGUCAUUUUCUUCAUCUACUUCAUUCUGGUUUGCUGGGCGUGGAGAAAACGCAAGAGAGACCAGAAAGAGAUCAUCGUUCUUCCUGACAAUGACCCCUGUGAUGCUGCUUGUUACUUGGUGACCCUUUAUACAGGGGGCCGACCUGAUGCUGGGACAACUGCAGAUGUCUUUCUGACUCUGGUCGGCACGUCUACUGAGAGUGAUGCUUACCUUCUCCAUCAUCCGGAGCAUCAGACUUUCAGCAGAAAUAGCGUGGACACCUUCCUACUCACCGCCAAGGUCGAUCUAGGGGAGCUUACCCAUAUCAGAGUCUGGCACAAUAAUGUCGGACCAUCGCCCUCCUGGUACCUCAGCCGAGUGAAAGUGCAAAAUGUGUUCACCAGGCAGCAGUGGCACUUCUUCUGCAGAAUGUGGCUAGCUACCGUGAAAGGUGAAAGUGUGUUGCUUGGGACGUUUCCAGUCACUAGUGCCGGCACCCUGUUGAGGAGACAGGAUGUCUUCUUCAUCGAAGUGUCUAGCAGGAUGGGCAAAGGGCACUUGUGGUUCUCUGUCUUUGCCCUCUAUGUGGACCAGUCCUUCAGCAGAAUCCAGCGGCUGUCCUGCUGUUUGGCUAUGCUGUUAUGCAGUCUGCUGACUGGCAUCAUGCUCUUCCAGUUCGAAGAACAGGAAGAAUUUUGGCUCAAAGUAAGGACUUCUUUGGUGAUUGCGGUUGAAAGUGCAUUGGUGAUGGUACCUGUGGAGCUCUUAAUAUCUGGUCUGUUUUUAUAUGCGCAAAGAAAAGGUGAAUCCUUAUUGGUAAAAAAAGACCAAGAAGUUGACGGUAACUCAGUUGAGAAUCUUAACUUGAAAUCAAACUUGAGAGAGAGGUUGAAGCAUUGGUACUCGAUGGACAAACCAGUCAGUGAAGUUGAAGAAAGUCCUGACAAAGUGGUGGAUAUGCCGAAGGAUGAUCACUACAGUCAUUUAUCCUUCACUGCGGGUGAGGAAAACAUUCAUAAAUCCUCAGCCAAAGAGAACAAUAACUGCAUCAUUCCACAAUCUGCAGCAGAUCAAAUUACAAGGGAAGAGGAAGUGGAAGGAUUAACUGGAAGAAAGAAGAAGGCUACAAAAAAGGUCAAGCCAAUGGCAUGGCCUCGUCAAAUUAGGCCUGCAAGACAGAAGAGGUCGAAGGUUAGGUUUCACCAGUCGUCCAAAAGCAUACACCCAAGAAAGAAGUCGAGCGUUUUACUUUCUCGGUGUCUCGUGUAUCUGGCUUGGUGCAUUAUUUGGCUGGUGUCAAUUGUGUCUGCAGUGUUUAUAGUACUCUAUGGACUUUCAUAUGGUUUACAAACCUCUUGGUUAUGGCUGAUAGCUUCUGUUGUUUCCUUUCUCCAGAGUAUUUUCAUACUGCAGCCCCUGAAGAUUAUGGCCUUUGCUGCUCUCUUUGCCUUGAGCCGCAGACGUGCCCGGGAUAUGGACUGGUCCACAGGGAUACAGGUGCUGGAGGUUGGUGCAGAUGACCUUCCCAAGAAUGACAGUGACUGUCUCCAGUUGGAACCCCGGGUCAGAAAGCAGUACAGACCACUGGAGGGUGAUGAGCUAAUAUUGGCCAAGAAGAAAGGGAUCAUCAGAAAUCGUGCAUUUGUGUUGUGCAUGCGGAUGUUGUUGCAUCUGGUUUUCCUUGGGCUCCUGCUGUACUCGGUGUGCUUCACAGACUACAGCAAUGGUUACUACUACAACCGCAUCAUUCGGCAAGAAUUUUCCAAGAAUCUGGAGAGAGUUAAUACUGUCCGAGAGUUCUACACCUGGCUGAGGAUCACUUUCUUGCCUUUGAUUCACGAUGACUCAAAUCUGUCUUUUCUGAAUGGAACCAACUCUGUGAUCCUAGGAUUGCCACGGAUGCGGCAGAUCAGAUCGAAACAAGGGUCAGUAGAUUGCUUUCUGAAGCCCAAUGCUGUGUCCACCAUCCUGGGUAAACUCCGUUGUCGACCCUUGUUUAAUAACAAUCAAGAAGACACUAAGAACUACAAUGGCUCCUGGGACCUGUCCAUUGAAAGUGUCUCCAUGAAGAGCCCUUUGGACUACACAGGUUGGUUGUAUGAAGCCAACGACUCCCCUUGGUUCUAUAACACACGUGGUGUAUAUCGUGAUUAUUCGCUGGGGGGCUAUUCCAUCUACUUCUCUUCAUCUGACUUACAGAAUUCAAUAGUAAGAUUAUUGACCCUCCAGGAUAGCAACUGGAUUGAUGGGAGCACAUGGGUGGUGGUCAUUGAAACCACCAUGUACAAUGCAAAUGUUGACUUAUUAUGCAGCAUUUCACUCAUUCUGGAGACAGUCCCUCUUGGUGUGGUCAGCAAGAAGUUGUCAGUGAAAUCCUUUUCCCUUAGACUCUUUAAGAGAAGAGAAAUGAACUGGAUCUUCAUCAGUAUCCUCUUCAUGCUUUUCUUUGUCGUAUUUGCCAUACAAGAAUGUAGAACAAUGAGACGGAAAGGACAUACAUACUUGCAGAAACUGGAAAGCAUUGCCAGCUUGAUCAUAGCAGUGCUGCUGCUGAUGGCGAUAGUUCUUCACCUAGCCAAAUUUUUAUUAGUACACAGUAUGCUGAAGCUCUACAAGAAGAAUCCAACCUCCUUCAUUGCCUUUCAUGUCAUUUCUGCCUUGGAUCAGCUACUCAGAAUCAAUGUCGCUUUCUUACUUCUUGUCACCAUUGUGAAGUUGCUGAGGUACACACGUUUCCUCUACCACGUGCGUCUAGCUCAGAAGUCCGUGAGUGUAGCUUUUCCUGCUAUCUGCUCCCUGGCUCUGCUCAUGGCAGUGUGUUCACUUAUUUUUAUGUCAGUUGGCCACCUGCUCUUUGGUCAGUUUGAUAAAAAUUUCAAUACUAUGAUUCAUGCAGCACAGACCGUUGUGUCAUACUACACAGGAGAAUUUAACAACACAGAUUUUCCCUACAGCAGGGUUAUUGGUGGCAUCUACCUGGUAACCUUUCUCUUUGUUAUGAAUUGUAUCCUGAUAAAUCUUUUUGAAUCAGUGGUCAUUCUGUCCUAUGGCGAUAUGAGACAAUUUGUUCAUGAAAAGCCAGCUGAGGAAGCAGAGGUGGCAACCUUCAUAAUGCAAGAAUGUAGGCGUGUCUGGUAUGCAUUGUGGAGGAAAACUCCCCCAGAAGGUGACAAUGAGGUUCUGACAACUUUGUUUUAUGGGCGAGGCUCCAAAAGAACUUAUGGGUUAAAAAGGAAGAAACUUAAUGGGAAGAAGCAGAACUACCUAUUUAUUUGA